UGUAUGCGCGGCGCAGCGUUGGUGUUUGUUAGUCGUUUGCACUUGUUGUGUGUUCGAUUCUUUUGAACUCUCGCAAUCGUGUCAGAUUGCGUUAAACGGCUAGAUAAUCGAAUCUGAUCUCGAGUAGAAAUAGACAGUAGAGUACGGUUACAAAACCGAAUCAACAGUCAUCAUCCAUAGGGCUGGGCCAGGGCUGGGCCUACACCUCUAAUAACUAGCCAAGUGCAGAAAUCAAGAUGGCAACCGAAACCGAAACGGCAACAAUUCAUACAAAUGGAGGGCUGGAAACGGUAUCCGAAGAGGAGGGCAUGAAGCCGCGCCCGGCCGACAUCGAGGCGGACAUGCGAGAGAUGGAACGACGUAAGCGCGUGGAAUCAAUCAUGAACUCGCGCCUGUUCCGGGAGGAACUGGAACGAAUCGUGGACGGUCAGAUGCGCGAGGGAUCAUCGACCAUACUGCAACAACUUUCCGACAUCAUGGGCAUGCCGGCGGCUCGCAUUGGUAGCGUAUUCAAAAGCUCCAAUUGCGUAGUGCCGAUCAACGACAUUCGUGGCGUAGAGUCGAUGGGUUACGAAAAGGGGGAAAAGAUCCUUCGCUGCAAGCUUGCGGCCACAUUUAGGCUGAUGGAUCUGUUUGGCUGGACGCAAGGAAUCGCGUGCCAGAUAACGGCACGCCUCAAUGCCGACCAGGAACUGUUCCUCGUCAACCCCUACGGUAUGCUGUUUCAUGAGGUUACUGCUUCUUCGCUGAACAAGGUGAACAUGCAGGGGCAGAUCGUCGAACAUGGCACUACUAAUUUCGGGAUCAACAAUAAUCAGUUCACCCUCCACUCCGUUAUACAUGCUGCCAGACCGGACAUUCGUUGUGCAAUAUAUGUAGCUUACAGUGCCGUAACCGCCAUAUCGGCAUUAAAGCAAGGAUUGCAACCGCUCACGAAGCACACUGCCCUCUUGGGAGAAAUAGCCUUCCACACGUAUGCCGGAGCCUUGAACGAACCGGAAGAGAAGGAUAAACUGUUGCGCAGCCUGGGACCAGUUUCCAAGGUAUUGCUGCUUUCCAAUCACGGAGCGUUGUGUUGUGGAGAAACUAUUGAAGAAGCGUUCUAUCAUGUCACCCAUAUGGUGCAUGCCUGCGAAGCUCAGUUGAAAUUGUUGCCUGUUGGUUUGGAAAACUUGAUUUUGAUCCCGGAGGAAACCCGUAAAGCUAUCUACGAUGCUGCUCGCAAACCAUCGGGCGAGGGACAGGAGGCAGCAUCAGCUCAAACGGCGGAUAAUAAGGAGGGACAACUUACUAAGACCCCGAAGUGGCGUGUUGGGGGUUCCGAGUUUGAAGCCCUUAUGCGAAUGCUCGAUAACGCCGGCUUCCGUACCGGUUACAUCUUCCGCAAUCCGUUGAUAAAGGGCGAUGUUCCAAAACCACGCAACGACAUUGAGGUACCACCAGCUGUGUCAUCAUUAGGCUAUUUAAUCGAAGAAGAGGAGCUGUUCAAGCAAGGCAUUUGGCGUAAGGGUGAUCCGCGUAAGGUUGGAGAUCGCACUCGUUGGCUGAAUUCGCCUAAUGUGUACCAGAAGGUGGAGGUGCUAGAAACUGGUACACCAGACCCGAAGAAGAUUACCAAGUGGGUCGCCGAACCGUCUCCGACGCACUCGUCGACACCUGUUAAAAUCGAACAUGCCCAUCAGUUUGUGCCGACAAACACGAACCCGCGGGAAUUCAAAAGAAUUCAGCAACAGAUAAAAGAUAAUCGCCGAGCCGAUAAAAUAUCGGCUGGACCACAGUCCCACAUUCUGGAAGGAGUUUCGUGGGAUGAGGCAAACCGGCUGAAAGAUGCCAAUGUUUCGGCCGCUGGAGAUCAUGUAGUACUAAUGGGUGCCGCUUCUAAGGGUAUUAUUCAACGUGGCUACCAGCACAACGCCACUGUCUACAAGGCACCGUACGCGAAAAAUCCAUUCGACUCCGUAACUGACGACGAGCUGAACGAAUACAAAAAAACGGUCGAAAAGAAGCGACAUGGUGACGGCACGGACACUGAUUUCUCCGAAUCGGAAGCACUGAGCUCAUUGCAGAUCAGCGGCCCUGCCAAGGGCGCCUCGCUCGUCAGCCCGCCCAGCCAGUCGGAGCAGGAAGACACAACAGCAGAACAUCACGUCCUAAGAAUAGAAACUAAGCAAGCGCCCAAACCAAGCCAGCCAGAGGUGGUACUAAGCGAUGGCGAACAAGUACAAAAUGGCGAACAAUCCGAUGCACACAUGAGCACAUUUUCCCACAGCAGCAAAGAGUUGCAGGAUAUUUCAACCGAUGGAUCCCCCAAGAAGGACAAAAAGAAGAAGAAAGGAUUGCGAACGCCGUCGUUCUUGAAAAAGCGAAAGGACAAGAAACGCGUUGAGUCCUAAACACACUCGACCAACAUCACUAUGCAGGCAGCAGGAUAGAUUUUUUCAGCAAACCUUUUUCCUAAUCAAUUGGAAGUACAGCAGCGGGCGUACCCUCGCUUGUCAAAUUAGAACAAGGAGCAGAUGCAUCCAUCACACGAUUUCCUGAACGUGAGCCGAACCCCGCUCGACUCGAUACAAAUGCCCAUUAUUAUACCCUUGUAGUAUGUAAGUUUUUUCAAAAGAAAACAAAUUGUAUUUUGUUUUCUUGAGUUUAUUGUUUACAUUUUAUAUUCCCGUAUUGUUUGUUGAAGCCUAUUCUCCUUGAGCCUAGGAUUUAUAAAAAAAAAAAUACCGCUGACGCUAAGUAAUUCGAUGAUCGUAACGAAUGAUGAUUUAAACAGAGAAAACAGUUAAACUCUAGCCAAGGAGACAGUGUAAAAUGUAUGGACAAGUGCUGAUUAAAAGUAUACAGAUUUUGAGUUAGCAAACGUAAGUGAAUAUUAAUACUAUUUAUGUAUCGACGCAGUUUGCAGGAUUUAGUUACAUAUUUAUGUUUUUUUUUUGGGCAAUGAAUAAGAACAUCGCGAGUCAACCAAGGGUACAAAAAAUGACAAAUCGCACAUACUGUUUUGUUAUUUAGUAAGGGUCGGCAUUGAAUCGGUGUGGCAAUACUAUCAAAUAAUUCAAUUAUUGGAUAUUAAUGUCAAUGCAACCGGAAAACCAAUGGCUUUCGUCAACUGCUCUGCUCAUCUGUUUAUCAUCCUGCCGUAAAAUGUUAAUGCGAACAUGCAAUCGCCGAAAUGAUGUACGACGUUUUUUUUUUCUUUUUUAUUUAACUACUACAACAUUACUCAUUAACUGAAAUGUAGUCACUGAUCUAGCCUAAAAUCAGUCCGAACACAGAUCCAUUGAAUUUCUUUCCCAUUGUCAGUGGCAAUGAAAUCACAUAACAGUGGACAAUGAGCUAUUCAUAAUAUUAAACAAUGACCGGAAAAAAAGAAACAUGCCAGCUUAUUCAUCGUAAAUGAAUGACGAAAGCAAAGAAGUACGAUAAAUCGAAGUUGAUAUACUGAAGAAGAAGAAAAAAAAUAACGAGAAAAAAACAUGGAGGGAUUCGAGAAAGACGAAAAAUUCGCGAAAACUAAGGUUUUAUUAUAAAAUCAAAAACACCCCGCUAAUAGCUUCCUACAAUUUGCAUCUUUAUCGGCGCUGCAAUAUGCGACGCAAUACUGCAUCAUUGUCACCCUUCAAACAAGCUGUGUGUGUGUGUGUGUGUGCGCGCGCGUGAGAAAACGAAAGAAACGUUUGUAAUGAGACGAAAACUUGGAAGGGGCGUGAUAGAAAUGAAAAUCAUAACGAACAAGACGUUACAUUUAUAGCUAAAAGUCAGUUGAACAGGAUAUCCCUCAAGUUGUUGAAAGUGGAGAAUUAGAACGUGGUUGAUGCGCAUUUGCAUUGCAUACUCUGAUUGCAUAAAUAGCUUCUUACUACCGAUGAACUGUCCUUUUUCUUUAUUCUCUUCGUUAAUGUGAGUUAAUGUGAGUGUCCUUAUUGCGUGCUAUUAUCCUCGGGCGUGAAUAUACACACGAGUGUGUGUAUAGUAACGUCAUGCUGGUUGCGUUACCGCAUGACGCUCUAAACCGGAAUGUGAAGGCUUCGUGACAGUUGUUUGAAGCAAGAAUAGUGUUAAUCCUUGCCUAAAUUGCUAACAUUACAAUUUCCUAUCUGCUGCACCAGGUGCGCUUUCGCAAUUUAUCUUCAACCGUUUGCACCUAUUUAUGACAUUGUGUGGCAUGCGUGCGAGCGGAGUCGUUUGCUCUAUUCUAUGCUUGAAAAUGGACUAUUUUUCUUAUGUUACAAAUAAUGAUUUGUUUAUUUAGUUUUUCGUACAUGUCGCAAAUGAUUUCUUUUUUAAUUUAAAACUGAAGGAACCCUACCUAUCUUUCCCUACCUGAACGCUUUUCGAGUCGGUUUAAAUGUAUGAUAUGGAAUUUAUCCGAUGAAAGCAUAAAACCCGAAUAAGUGGCAGGAUUACAAAUUGAAGGGGGUCCUCUGUCGCAUGAAGUGUAGAUACACACAAGGGCCGCAACAUUUACACGCAAAACGAUUACGUUUGAUUUUCCUUCCCCGGGGAAAGCAAAAAACAAUACACAGCGCUUGGGUGUUGUAUAAUCUUUCCAUAGUGCUUUUCUUAUGAACCCUUCAGUAUGUAGGAUAUUUACAAAUGAAAUUAAAUCCGUAAUAGAUGAAACUAACGCAUUUUGUGAACGUGUGAGUGUGUGUUGUUUAUUACUCGGGGGGGGUGAUGGCAUUAAAAAGGUUCGUGGACGAGCUGCCCGACCAAACCAUAGUGGGGAAAGAGACCACCGAUGAUGGUAGCGCAGUACAUCCAAUUAUGCAUCGAGAAAUGUAUUUUGUGCAGCGUUUGUGUGUGUGUGUGUGCAAUGAAAAUAAGAGAUCCACAAUGACUGCUUUUUUGUAAGUGAGCGCGCAUAUAAAUGUAUAUCCUUGUAGUUCACACGUUCCUUGUGCUUAUUUUUUUCCUAUUAAAACUUGUAUGCAGCUGUGUGUGUGCGUGUGUGGGGGACACGGAUAAUGCCACGAGAAAAAGCGAAACGUAUUUCGAUCUACAAACUGAUCGGAGUGAACAAAAGCAUCCCGUAAAAAUACAUCGGCCAGAACAUAUUUAUUAUAACUUCUAGCGUUACUGCAUACAUGGCUGCUUAUCGUAAAGAGAAAUGCUUUGAAUCGAUUGAGUGUGUAAUUGUGGGGGGGGGGGGGG